CGGCUUUAACCAAUGACCAUCCAGACCCCGUGCGCACUCUGGACGACGACGACCAUGGACUGGAGUACUGCUGUCCUCUUCCAUGGUGCAAACUUCUAGUAUUCGGUGUUAACGCCAAGGAAAGGGAGUGAGGAGGAGGAGGAGGUGGUGGAGCUCCUCUGAGCAGUCAUGGGGGAGAUAGAGGGUUCAUACCGGGUCCUGCAGACCCCUGGCACAAGACUAGGGGCCCAGUUCAAUGCUGGUAUCAGUACUUUGGAACCGGGUCAGAGCCUCAGUGCCAACAUGGCUGGUGGGAGCAGAAGUCAUGGGCGAGGACUGCAAAUCCGUGUGCAGGGUCUGGAUGACUCCCAGGAGUUCUUUGACGUGGAUCCAAAAGCUCUUGGACAGACCCUCCUCUCUGAGGUUUUCCAGCGAGGCAACCUAAUAGAGAGUGAUUACUUUGGUCUCGAGUUUCAGAACAUGCAGAUGAACUGGGUUUGGAUAGAACCAACCAAGCUUAUUGUGAAACAAGUCAGGAGACCAGCAAAUACACUAUUUAGACUCUCAGUGAAAUUCUUUCCUCCAGACCCUGGUCAGCUGCAGGAGGAGUAUACGAGGUACUUAUUCUCCCUUCAGAUGAAAAGAGAUCUAAUGGAGGGCAAGUUGAUCUGCACGGAAAAUACUGCAGCCUUGCUCGCCUCUCACUUUGUCCAAUCGGAGAUUGGUGACUAUGACGAUGCGGCAGACAGAGAAUACCUGAAGAUGAACAUGCUGUUGCCUUAUCAAGAGAAGGUACAGGAGAGGAUCAUGGAGCUCCAUCGAAGACACUUGGGCCAGACUCCAGCUGAAUCAGAUUUCCAAAUCUUGGAAAUUGCCCGUAAGCUGGAGAUGUACGGUGUCCGCUUCCACCCUGCAGCCGACCGGGAAGGAACCAAGAUCAACCUGGCUGUCGCUCAUAUGGGCCUUCAGGUUUUUCAGGGCCACACCAAAAUCAAUACCUUCAACUGGUCCAAGAUUCGCAAGUUGAGCUUCAAGAGAAAACGCUUCCUGAUCAAACUCCACCCGGAGGUUCAUGGUCCCCAUCAGGAUACUCUAGAGUUUAUGAUGGCCAGUCGAGACCAGUGUAAAAUCUUCUGGAAGAUCUGUGUGGAGUACCACUCCUUUUUCCGACUGUUUGACCAACCCCAACCCAAAUCCAAAGCUAUUCUCUUCACCAGAGGCUCUUCCUUUAGAUACAGUGGAAGAACCCAGAAGCAACUUGUGGACUAUGUCAGGGAAAACGGAGCAAAGAGAACGCCAUACCAGAGGAGGAACAGCAAAAUACGAAUGUCCUCUCGCUCCUUAGCCACAGAUGUGCCAAAACAGAGCUUGUCAUUCAAUGACAGUCUCAGGGCCCCAGGCUCCCCUUCCUCUGCUAACGUGUCCUUCCACCCAGUGCACAUCUCUAGCAUUCACCCGCGAACAGAGCUCCAGCCUCAGCCCCAGCCCCUGCCCAUUCUGAGCCAGUCCUCAGCGCCUCCCCAGCAGCAGCAGCCGCCACAGCAACUACAGCAGCUUCAAUCCCCUCCGCAAUCUACCAGACCCCCCAGCCCUCCGAAGGAAGAACCUGUCAAGGCUGCUUCCCCAUCUCACUACGCUUUUCAAGAUUCAGUCGUGGACAGCCCCCAGCUCUCACCCUUCACCUCCCAAGGCCCCCUCUGCUUAUCACCCUCCUUCCAGAUGUCAACCCUCAGCCUGCCGGGCCAAGCCCCUUCGCCCCUGCAAAGCCCCAUCCUGAGCGAGGUGGGCAGUAAUGCCAGGCUAGAGGAGGAGGAAGAGGGCAGGAGGAAGCGAUAUCCCACCGAUAAGGCCUACUUCAUUGCCAAAGAGAUUCUGACCACAGAGCGCACAUACCUGAAAGACCUUGAGGUCAUCACUGUGUGGUUCCGCAGUGCUGUGAUCAAAGAAAACGCCAUGCCCGAAGGCCUGAUGACCCUCCUCUUUUCCAACAUUGACCCCAUCUACGAGUUCCACAGAGGCUUCCUCAAAGAGUUGGACCAGAGGCUGGCUCUCUGGGAGGGACGCUCCAAUGCUCAUGUCAAAGGGGACUACCAAAGGAUUGGUGAUGUGAUGCUAAGGAACAUGUGUGCUCUUAAAGAAUUCACCAGCUACCUUCAGAAGCACGAUGAAGUAUUAACAGAGCUGGAGAAGGCGACCAAGAGGCUGAAGAAGCUGGAGACUGUCUACAAAGAAUUUGAACUGCAGAAGGUCUGUUAUUUACCCCUCAACACAUUCCUGCUUAAGCCCAUCCAGCGCCUCAUGCACUACAAGCUCAUCCUGGAGAGACUGUGCAAGCAUUAUUCCCCUGCCCACCGCGAUCAUGAUGACUGCAAGGAGGCUUUGAAAGAAGUGGCCGAGAUCGCCACUCAGCUCCAGAGCAGCCUGAUCCGACUGGAGAACUUCCAGAAGCUAACAGAGCUGCAGAGGGAUCUAAUCGGUAUCGAGAACCUGACAGCACCAGGCAGGGUGAGUGCACUGACACACAACAGAGGACAGGGGGUGCUGGAUUUAAAAAGGAAAAAAAAAAAAAUAACAGUAUCUAACAGUCGUCUUGGUUUACAGGAGUUCAUUCGAGAGGGUUGUCUGUACAAGCUCACCAAGAAAGGCCUGCAGCAAAGAAUGUUUUUCCUGUUCUCAGACAUGCUCCUGUACACAAGUAAAGGUGUAACAGCGACCAACCAGUUCAAAGUGCACGGCCAGCUGCCCCUUCAUGGCAUGAUCGUUGAGGAAAGUGAAAACGAAUGGUCAGUUCCCCACUGCUUCACCAUCUACUCUGCUCAGAGGACCAUUGUAGUGGCUGCAAGCUCUAAAGUUGAGAUGGGAAAAUGGAUUGAAGAUCUGAAUUUGGCUAUUGAUAUGGCCAAGAAAUCCCAAGAAAAAUCCAGCAUCUUUCUUGAUCCUGGACUCUGCGAUCGUUCCAACCGAUCGUCUGAUGAGGUUUCCCUGGAGCAGGAGUCAGAGGACGACAUGAACUCCUCCCGUACUUCACUGGAUAAGCAGACACACCAUCGUGCCAACACUACUAUGCAUGUGUGCUGGCACCGCAACACCAGUGUGUCUAUGUCUGAUCACAGCCUGGCUGUGGAGAACCAGCUCUCAGGUUACCUCCUAAGGAAGUUCAAGAACAGCAACGGCUGGCAGAAACUCUGGGUUGUUUUCACCAACUUCUGCUUGUUCUUCUAUAAGACUCACCAGGAUGACUUCCCACUAGCGAGCCUCCCCCUCCUUGGCUACACAGUCAGCACCCCCGAGGAGUCAGAUAGUAUUCACAAAGAGUACGUCUUCAAGCUCCAGUUCAAGUCCCAUGUUUACUUCUUCCGUGCGGAGAGUGAAUACACCUUUGAAAGAUGGAUGGAGGUGAUCAAGAGUGCAGCCAGCACUACGGGCCGGAUGAGUCUGCUCAUACCCAAAGGAGGUCCGAUGGAGAUAAAUGGAAACUGAAUUUAACAUCAUGAAUCUGGAGGCUGGGCCUCUGGGAUGUCAGAAAGACUACUCAGUAUCAUUUUUAACCCAGAUUUGGACAAUAACAACUGGAGACUGAAAGACACUGCCAGUUUAAGUGUUAACAUUUGUCUGUUUAAAGAUUGAAUUCUAAUGGUCUGUGCAUUUCUUUGAUUAAUGAUGUAAAUGAUAACAUUUGUUCCAGUAUACAAGAUGUAAUGAAAGGGAGACAUGUAUGUGAUGAUUUAGCAUGUGUAAGUGCUCAGCCAGGCCGUAUAUUGACUGAUUCACAUGGCCUGUGGGAAAUCCUGUUGUAUGGGACCAAGUCAGAAACAAAGGGCUUAGAUCCAGGCUGCUUUAAGGGCCAUUGUGCUCUGCACCCCAUGACUGAAACUGUUUGGGUUACAGUGUUGAUAUGAUACGUAUGAAGAUGAUACACAGUAUGUGGAACAUGACGGUACAAAGGAUAGGUGCGGAUGAAAAUGUCCAGCUCUCCUCAUUGUUUUUUUUUUUUUUUAAUGCAUAAGCGGUAGGAGAGCAGAAGGUUCACUGAAAGUGGAAAAGUUUGAGUCGUUGAAUUUUGGGAGAUGAUCUAUGGGAUGUUUUAAAGGCAGCGACAGACGAGCAGUUUGGUUUCAGACAUUUGGCGAAAGCACAUUACUGAGAGCUUCAAGAAUAAACUAUUAGUAUAAAGCAGUAUUUAUUUCUGAGGCCAGUACAGUUUGAAGGCUUUAUUUACCUGUUAAUGGAAGGAUGCAAAGGAUGUUUAAGGGAGCUGUCUGCGUUAUACUCCUCAUUAGUUUGGCAGCAUAAGGGCCAGUUUGGUGCUACAUCCUCUCUUUAAUAUCAAAUGUAAUCAUUUAUCAUUUUUAUUUUGCAUAGGGAUAACAACUUGAGGAUAUAAUGUGCAGUGCUUACUCUAGUGUUUACUCUGUGUAAAAGUUUCCUGGAGGACAUAUUUUGAAGUAAUUGUACCUGGUGAUGAUGUUUUUCAGUGUGUCAGACUGUGUUAGUCAAACAAGAGCUGAAUUAUGGAAGAUUUGUGCUAACACCAGUGGCAUUUCAUCAGUCAUUUAGUGAUUGUCUGCCAUGGUAAUAUUUGGUAUAUAUUUUUUACGAAGACUGGAAUCUUUUGUUUUUGUGUGUGUGUAUGCGUGUGUUUGUGUGUGGAGAAGCCAAAUUUGUAGACCUUCCCUGCCUCUGGAGCUGUAACAGCAGGUGAUGAUAGAGGUCAUCUCCAAACCAUCUGAACUCCUCUGUGUGGAAGAGACUGUUGCACGGUUAACAUAAAGCAUGUUACUCCUAUUUAUUGUAUAGCAUGUCAUCAGGGCUGUGCUUCUGGAGGCCCUCGUGUAGUAUUCAUGUUAUUCCACUGAAAAUCUAACAAAUAAAACAUCAUUUGGAUCAG